AUGUCUCAAUAAUUUGUGGGAAUAAAUGGUGAAUAGACAGGCCUAGGAUUUACGAAUAGAGAUUAAGGAGCAAAAGUGGAAGAAGAUUAAGGUUUGAUUGACUUCAAAAUAAUCACAAAUAAUGGUUAUCAUGAUAGUAUGAAGAUGUUAAUUGACUUAAAAAACAUAUUUGCACGUUAACUUCCAAAGAUGCCUAAAGAAUAUAUAGUUAGAUUGGUAUUUGAUAGGAAUCAUGAAUCGAUGUGUAUAAUAAAAGUAUAUGAAUAUAUAAUUAAAAUAAGGAUAAUACGAAAGUAAUAGGAGGAAUUUGUUAUAGGAAAUAUCCAACAUAGAGAUUUGCUGAAAUAGCAUUUUUAGCAAUAACAGCAAAUCUAUAAGUGAAAGGAUAUGGCACAAGGUUGAUGAAUAAAUUUAAGGAGCAUAUUUAAAAAUAAGAUGUGGAAUAUUUACUUACUUAUGCAGAUAAUUAUGCAAUAGGAUAUUUUAGAAAAUAAGGAUUUUAUUAAGAAAUAAAGAUGCAUCCAGAUAGAUGGAAAGGAUUUAUAAAAGAUUAUGAUGGAGGUACAUUGAUGGAAUGUUAUGUACAUUCUAAUAUAGAUUAUGGAAAUAUAAGUGAUUUAAUUAGAGAACAGAAAUAGGUAUCAUAUUCAAUAUUAUUAAGCUUAUGAUAGAUUUAAUAAAAAAGUUAACAUUGAAUGAUCGAGUUUAUCCUGCUAUAGAGAAAUAGAACUAUAAAAUGGAGACUUCAAAUGGAGAUAAACCAGCAGUGAAACCAGAAAGUGUAUUUGGAGUUCUUGAGAGUGGUUGGACAAUUGAAGAUUAUAUUGAAUUAAAAAAGUAAAAGGAAAAGACUUUUAUGAUCUCAUGCUAAUAGAUUAUUGAUACUAUGAGAAAACAUAAAUCAGCUUGGCCAUUUCUUGAACCUGUCAAUAAGGAUGAUGUACCUGAUUAUUAUGAUGUCAUUACAGAUCCUAUUGAUAUUAAGACUAUUGAAAAGAAAUUACAAAAUAAUUAAUAUACUUCUAAAGAUCUCUUUAUUAAAGAUGUGAAAAGGAUGUUUACCAAUUGUAGAAGUUAUAAUCAGCCUGAUACCAUUUAUUAUAAAUGUGCUAAUGAACUUGAGAGAACUAUUGAUGAUUAUCUAAAAAAAUUGAAGGAUGAAUCUUAAAUACCAGGUGUUAGUAAAAAGAUUAAGAAAACAAAUAAUAAAUGA